AUGGCUUUUUUAGAACUAAAUGCUCCUUUAAGGUCCAAUGAAACAUUUAGAAAUAAACUUGAUGAAUACUAUCAUAAAGAUUCAAGUCCAUUGGAAGAAUUGCCCAUAAAUAUAACAUCGGCGGUGUUGAUUUUUUGGACCAAAGGUAAAAAGCCUGUCCAACUAAUAAAUCCUGAUGAAAUAUCACACAAAUUAGUUAAUACUAAAUCUUUUUUACCAUCAGAGUUUAAUCGUUUGCCUAGAACAUUAGAAGAAGUUGAAUAUUGGAAGGCCACAGAAUUUAAAACUAUUUUCCUGUAUACUGGCCCAAUAGUAUUAAAAGGCCGGUUAAAAACUUCAUUCUAUAAGCAUUUUAUGCUUUUGAGUUGUGCCGUAAGAUUACUAAUUUCUCCUGAAACUUGUCAUGCAUAUAAUAAUGUAGCAAGAGAUUUAUUGAAGCAGUUUGUAACUGAAUAUUCUUCACAUUACGGUGAAGAAUAUGUUGGUUACAAUGUUCAUGGUUUAAUACAUGUAUGCGAUUUUGUUUUAAUUCAUGACGCCUUAGAUGCAUUCAGUGCAUUCAAAUUUGAAAAUUAUUUACAGUUUAUAAAAAAAAGUAGUAAAAAUUUUAGAUAUUCUCUACAAGAUGUUUAUAAUCACAUUAUAGAACAAAUCAAUGCUAAAACUAAUAAUAUCACUUUUAGUUACUCUAUCCUUAAACAUGAAUUACCAUAUGAUAAAAUAUUAAAUAAUUCAAUAAUUGAUAUUUUAUACGAGCAAAUUGUUUUAGAACAAUAUAUUGUGAGUUCAAAACAUGUGAAAGAUAAGUAUUUUAUUAUUCAAAAUUAUGAUAUAAUUGAAGUAAAUAAAAUAAUAAAAUAUUUUAAUGGUGAGAUAAAAAUUGAAGUAACCAAAUUUAAAUGUUCGUCAUUUUUUGACAAUCCAAUAUCAUCAGAUUUAAUAACCAUAUUUUACAUUGAUACCAUUAUCCUUGAACCUCAACCCCAAUUAAUUAAUUUAGAUUGUUUAAAAUAUAAAUGCCUCACAUUGCCAAUAGAUAAAAAUAAAUAUGUAGCCAUAGCAUUACUACAUAGAAAAACUACUAAUCAUAUCAAUCUAACUAAUCAACAACAUCAAUAA